AUGCUCUGCCUCUCUCAGAGGACGUUCCAAGGCCUAUGUCGCCAGCGGCCAGCACGCUUUGCCUUCAGGCUCGCCGUCGCCGCCUCUAGCAGGUCACGGCCUCCCACAUUUAGCAUGCGGUGCCUGACCACACAUGCUCCCCAUAACAAGCCCACCGCCAUCUCGAAAGCCAGCUACGCCGCGGCCGAGCCUGUUGCGCGCGCGUACGCGUCGACCGACGAGGUGCAGCGCGCCAUCGACGAGCUACGCAGGGCACUGCCGGGGAAGAACCGCGUCGUGACAGACGCGGACGCCCUACGCACGUAUGGCUUCUCCGAGAACUCGUACCACCCGAGCGCGCCGCACGCGGUCGUGGUGCGCCCUAUGAGCACGGAGGAUGUCGUGCGCGUUGUAGACAUUGCGCGGGGGUAUAGGGUGCCGAUCACAGCGUACAGCGGGGCGACGAGUCUGGAGGGCCACUUUGCUGGGUUUGAAUCACGGAGUAUUUGUCUGGAUAUGUCGGGCAUGGACCAGAUUUUGAAUAUCAACGUCGGCGAUGGUGACUUGACGUGUCAAUCUGGUGCACGCUGGGAGGACAUCAACCAGACUUUGAAGGACAAGAACAUCCCUCUCUUCUUUCCGACCAUCGGCGGAAUGGUCGGUACAGGCUGCUCGGGAACGAAUGCUGUGCGCUAUGGUACUGCGCGCAGCGAGUGGUUUCUGAAUCUUACGGUGGUGCUUCCCAAUGGAAAGGUUAUCAAAACGAGACGGCGCGCACGGAAAUCGGCUGCAGGCUUUGAUACUACUAAGCUGUUCAUCGGCGCAGAGGGAACAUUAGCAACGCUUCGCCUGGCGCCGGUUGUCCCGACGAAAGUUGCGAUGGCCCAGUUUGCGAACGUGGGACAAGCCGUCAACGCUGUGCAGGAAAUCCUGCUUUCACCCUACGGAAGCAACAUCCGCAAUGCCAUCAACGCAGCCGGCCUGAUCGACCGCCCGCUCCCCGUCAAGGACAGUCUGUUCUUCAAGAUCCAAGGCGCGCCAGAGGCAAUCCAGCGCGCCGCAGACACCGUCAAGAAGAUCGUGCGCAAGCACGGGAGCAGCCAGUUCGCGUUCGCGGCGACGGACCAGGAGGCGACUGACCUCUGGCAGAACCGCAAGUACGCGCUGACGUCGACGUUGGCGGCACACCCGGGGUCGAGGUGUUGGACUACCGACGUAUGUGUGCCGGUAUCGAACCUCCCGGAGCUUGUACAUGAGACGAAGAAGGAUAUGGACGGGUCGGGCAUCAAGUAUACAAUCGUCGGCCACGUCGGCGAUGGGAACUUUCAUGCACUGAUGCUGUUCAAAAACGACGAGGAGCUCCAGACCGUCAGCGCCGCCGUUCACCGUCUGGUCCAUCGAGCGCUCUCUCUCGACGGAACUUGUACCGGAGAACAUGGGGUCGGAAUCGGGAAGAAGGAGUAUCUUGUAGAGGAGCUGGGCGAGGGCACUGUGCAGCUGAUGAAAGUCGUCAAGCACGCUGUAGAUCCGCUGAACAUAAUGAAUCCGGGAAAGCUAUACCCGGACGACCCCGAAUCAAAGUAG